GUCGAUGUUAUUCUGCCUUUAUAAUUCUUCUGCGAGCGAUGACCCAGUGGCUAGAGAGCGCGGACUACGUGGCCCGGUUCCGGUCCCUCGACGAGCGCAAGGUCAAUGCUGGCGCCGUGGCCUUCCCGGCGCCAGUGCCAGAGACGGUCACGGCGCGCCUCGCGCCGCUGGGCCUGACGUGGGACGUGCUGCCGACACUCGUGCGUCAAGCGCUGCUCUGGGACUUGGGCCUCGUCGUCGGCAACGUCAGCGGCACCGACGCCUACCUGCAGGUGUACACCAAGUGCGGCAUGGGCAUGGCCAACAUUAGCCUUACGUUCGACGAGUUCACGGCGGCGAACCCGUCGUCGCAGACCGUGCGAUCGUGCCCUGCCAGCGUCAACGGCGCCACCGUCUCGCUCUUGCGGCAAGAGGCCGCGACGGGCACGUUCCUUGACGACGUCAUCAAGUGCGCAAUGGACCUCCAGAACCUCCCAGACGGCUCGUCGAGCCUCCUCGCGCAAGACGGCCUGGGCCCGAGCGACGUGCCGCAGCCGCGUGUGUGGCGGCACCAAGACAAGUCCGCUGGCUGGACCAAGCUCGCGAUCCAUACACUGCCAGUGAGCUUGUAUCCCGAAGCAGCGUGGAGCACGUGUCCGAGCCGGCCCGCCGCGCGCAUCAUCCCCUGCGAACCCCGCAACAACCGUCCAGAGAGCCUCAACACAUGCCUGCCGACACCGUCGACCGCCAUGACAUCGUGGCUCACUGCGGUCAAGGCAUCGCUGCCGGCCAAGGACAGUACGGGUGGUCUCUCGACGACCAACAUUGUGCUGAUCGCAACCAUUUGCGGUGUUGUGCUCCUCGCACUGCUUGGCUGCUGCCUCUGGCGCCGCCGCCGACACGCGCCGUCGCCGCCAAGCUCGCCCAAGUACGAGCAGCCGAUCGUGGACGGCAGCACCGACCCCUCGCGCUACAUGGAGGCUACGACGCCGCCGUCGCCCGCCCAGCAGCCGCCGUCGUUUGCGCGCUCCGGGUCGUCGGUCGAAGUCGCGCUUCAUGAGCUCUACCGCGACCCGUCCGUCGCAUGCAAGCAGCUCGUGUACAAGGAGCUCGACUGGAUCCGCAUCCUCGCCGCUGGUGCGUUUGGCGAGGUGUACCUCGGGCAGUACCGCCAGAAGCGCAUUGCGAUCAAGCGCAUCCAGUCGAUCCGGAUCGAGAUCGAGGGUGUUGUCGAGGCGUUCGCUGAAGAGAUUCGGCUCAUGGCGCACUUCCGGCACCCCAACAUUGUCGCGUUCCUUGGCUUUGCGUGGGAUCUGACGUCGCCGUCGACGCUCUGCGCCGUGACCGAGUACCUUCCAGAGGGCGACCUCAAGGCGUACUUGCUCGCAAACCCCGUGCUGCCGUGGUCGACCAAGAUGGUGUUCGCCCUCGACGUCGCCCGUGCGCUGCAGUACCUCCACGAGCUCCUCGAACCCACGAUCAUCCACCGCGACCUCAAGAGCAAGAACAUCCUCCUCGCGCUCCCGCACGCCAAGCUCUCAGACUUUGGCAUCUCGCGCGAGCAGAUCAACGACGAUACGCUGACCGCAGGCGUCGGCACGGCCUUUUACUCGGCGCCCGAGGUCAUGAAGGGCCUCAAGUACACGAAGCAAGCCGACAUUUACUCGUUCGGGUGCGUCCUCGCCGAGAUGGACACCCACAAGAGCUUGUACCACGAGUGGAAGUUCCCCGCGAUCGCGAUUUUGAACAAGGUCAUGCACGAGAACCUCCGCCCGGCCAUGACGGCGACGUGCCCCAGAGCCAUUUUGGAGCUGGCGCGCCAGUGCUUCCACGCCGACCCGAACCAGCGACCGACCGCGUCCGACAUUGCGCGCGACCUCGCCGACCUCGUGGGCAAAGGCCGCAUCGAGCGCCACGCGUGGAAGUCGUCCGAGUCGUCCUAGAAAACUCCCUCAAUCAAUAUAUAUACACUAUUUAACGAACUAUAAUGGUUUACACAACCCUACCCCCG